CUAAAUUCUUCACUUAUUUAAUCUACCAACGUUACUAAAUACUUCUCCACUCCACACUAUCGAAUACUAUGGCAUCCUGCUCAGUUGCUCCAAAGGAAGCCGAAAGUGAGAGUACAGCUAUACCGAAUUGGGUUGCACUUCCAAGAGACAUCACAGCAAACAUUCUUCUGAGGCUCGAUACUAUCGAAAUUGUGACAAGUGUACGCUAUGUUUGUCCUCUAUGGUGGAACAUUUUCAAAGAUCCUCUCAUGUGGCGCACUGUCCAAAUGACCAGUCUUGGUGAUUUUUAUGAGCAGGCGAUGGAGAUUUGCUAUUAUGCUAUUAAACAAAGUUGCGGUCAUUUAGAAAACAUUUUCAUUGAUGGCUUUGCCACUGAUGAUCUUCUCCAAUUCAUAGCUGACAAUGCUAGUAAUCUCCGAGGCCUGGUGCUUAUAAAUUGCCAUGGAAUUUCUGAUGAAGGUUUCUGUCAAGCGGUAAAAAAACUUCCGCUGCUAGAGGCAUUGAAUAUUUUGUGGUUCAACUUAUCGAAGGAUUCUCUCGAAGUUGUUGGCCAAUGUUGCCCUCUUUUAACAAUUCUAGUAUUUGCAAGAUCGGGGAGUAAUUGUAUUAUCGAUGGUGGUCUUGAUGACGAAGCGUUUGUAAUUGCAAAAACAAUGGUUGGAUUACGUGAUCUUAAAAUUCCAGGAAAUUCGCUCACUAAUGCUGGGUUGCUUGCGAUUCUUGCCGGUUGUCCUCAUCUUGAGAUUCUUGAUAUUCGAGCAUGCUAUAAUCUUCACUUGGAUGAAAGUUUGAAGAAAAAGUGCAUUGAUCAGAUUAAAGAUUUGCUACUCCCAGAGCCAGUUUAUGAUGACUAUUGGGAUGAGGAUCGCGUAACUUAUAGGGAUUCUGUAAUAGACGAUGAUUCUUACGAUCCUUAUGAUUGAUGAUAAAAGUUAGUAUUAGUCUAUUGUUUUUUUUUUUUUUUCCAUGUAUUAAUCUCCAAGUAAACUUUAAGUGUUUUUUA